AUGGUAAAAAAGGGCAGCUGUGAAAUCCUGCGGCUGAUAGACCUUGCUAACUCCUCUUCCUAUUACAACUGGGUCUGGGAGCAUCUGGAACUGAUAGACCCAAAACCUCUGAGGGUUCAUCUCAAUGAAGUGUCUCCCAGGGAGAGAUUUAAGGAAUUCCAGAUCAAAUCAUAUCCUCUACAAGACUUUAGCUAUUUGAAACUUCUGCGUCUCCAGGAAGCCUGGGAGAAUAAGAAGAUGACCUCCAUUGGGAAGAUCAAUACUUCAGAAACUAGUCUCCCAAAGACAUUGGGCCCCAAAGUCAAAUCCAAGUAUGGUAAUCCACUCAGAUGUGCCAUGGUUGAUACCAAAUUUGGUGAGCUCCCCAAGAACGCUGUGGUGGCGGUCUACAUGAAGAUCCACACCGUGGAGAAAGGAGAUAUUGUGGGUUCUUACCAGGCCUUCCUCCCAGAGAACCAGCGUGACACGAGACCCUUCAUCCUCGUGAGCCAGGGAGCAGAGGUGAUACGGAUGAGAAAAGAAAAAUUCUAUGGUUUGAUGGAUGAAGAGACAAAAGAGAAGUUGUUACAGCUUGAGAUUGAGUACCCCAGGUCAGUUCUGGAAAUCAGGCUAAGUUGCAUGUAUCAUGCUCCUUUGGCUCCUGGCUCCACUAAAAAUACUUUUUCAGACCGUCCUACUGGGAAAGGCUGUAAUGAGCCUCCCUCAGCAACUCCCAUGAUGCCUGGUGUUAGUGAUGCUGUUAGUGUUUGUGGAAGUGAAAUUCCACAGAGGUUAGCAUAG